GAAUCGGGUAGGUUGUGGGUUUUUGACAAGUGUGAAAAGUUAACAAAGAAGUUGUUAAUUAGGCAGGUGGGUGAAGUUUCCUAUUCGUUACGUCAAUGUCCAAGAUUAGUCAGGGAUUGGUCAAGAUAUGAACUAACAACUGCUAUUAGCACUAGAAACUGGAUAAAUAAUGAAUAACAUAUUGAAUUGUAUGCAUUGAUAAAAUUAUGGAAGGUAUUGUUUGUGCUCAAUUCGUAUUUUAUAAUGAUUUUGAUUCGGCAAACUUGGCUCGAGUGGAAUACGUUCCUCCAAAUGAAUCCACACUAAUCAAACAAUCCCCAAACAAAUCCAUAAACCAAGAAGUUUACGAUGCAGAAUUUAAUAUUUGGACCAAACCUGACUGCUGUGGUACUGAAUUCGAAAAUGGGAACAGGACCUGGUUUUAUUUUGGUAUGAAAGGUAAGGUUAUUUCCUAUAACAUGUGUAACCUUCUAAUUGUACAUUACUUAGCUCCAGGCCCUGCAUUAUAUGUUAGGUUUAACAUGGUAGAUUUGAAUCGACAAGGUAAAAUGUACAGCCAAGGUAUGGCACCAGUUUUUAGGAUAAUGCCGGGAAAACCCAAGUGGGAACGAAUCAAUGACAAACCUGUAUAUAGUUUAAAUAAUGACAUUUUUACAUUAACCUUUAAAUUCCGGACUCCCGAAAAUCCCCUCAGUACCAUGUAUUUCGCCUUCACCUACCCGUUUUCCUAUGUAGAAUUAGAAAAAAUGAUGGUUAACAUAGAUCAGAGAUAUUUAAAUAUGCAUCCAUACACAGAAGAUGAUAUCUAUUAUGUGCGGGAGACUAUGUGUCACUCUCUUGAAGGGCGCACCAUAGAUCUGAUCACGAUAUCCUCUUAUCACGGGAUUACAGGCGAAAGGGAGCCGAGAUUGAAAAAUCUCUUUACCAACGAGAAGGUCCCAAGGCCACAGAAAUUCAUGGGAAAGAAGGUAAUUUUCAUCUCUGCGAGAGUUCACCCAGGUGAGACUCCAUCCAGUUUUGUGUUCAAUGGGCUGUUGAAUCUGCUGCUGCAAAGGGAGGAUUUGAUAGCCCAACACCUGCGCAGAUUGUAUGUGUUCAAGAUGAUUCCGUUCCUUAACCCAGAUGGGGUGGCCCGUGGCCACUAUCGUACUGACACACGCGGCGUGAAUCUCAACAGGGUGUACCUCAACCCCAGCCUGUUCGAACACCCAUCUGUAUACGCUGCUAGAGCUUUAAUUAGAUAUUAUCAUUUUGGGUUCGAGAAAGAGGAUUACGUCCCGAAGUGCAACAAUUGCACGGACAGGGGCAACCAGACCGACGGCAACAUGACGGAGGACAAUGAGAACCAGCAGAACGAAAAUAUCCGCGAAAAGGUGUCCCACAUGACACUGGAGGAGGGGGACGGCCCCUCCACCUCCUGGUGCACCAAAUGUAAGAACAGCAUUCUUAAGCUAGAGGACACCAUGCCGGGCAUCUCCAGCAUUAUCCCUACAUUCAACCUAAAUACUUCCAUAGGGCACAACUUCUGCCGCAACUGCGGGGCGGCUCUGCAUCACACCAAGAGCAAGGAGGAGGUGAACUUCGAGAAGGUAGUAAUAGGGGCGCACGGCGACGUGAACUCCAACGAAUCCAACCUGUUUUUGUACUUGGACAUGCACGGGCACGCCUCGAAGAAGGGCAUUUUCAUGUACGGCAACCAUUUCGACGACAUGGAGCGGAAUGUGGAGUGCAUGCUGCUGCCCAAGCUGAUGAGUAUUAAUAAUCACAAUUUUCAUUUCAAUGCUUGUAAUUUUACAGAAAGGAACAUGUAUCUCAGGGAUAAAAGGGAUGGUAUGAGCAGGGCGGGUUCGGGAAGGGUGGCAGUUUUGUCUUUAACUGGCAUAAUCAAGAGUUACACUCUCGAGUGUAAUUACAACACGGGCAGGAUAGUCAAUGUACUGCCCCCUACGAUCAGGGAGCCGAGCGGUAAGGUUCACACCUUGCCAGUUCCGCCUAAGUACUCCCCGCAGGUUUUUGAGGAGGUUGGCAAGUCACUGGGAGCCUCCAUCCUGGACCUGACGGGGCAGAACCCGUGCUCCCGCCUGCCAAACUCCGAAUUCCACUCGCUCUCGGGGCUCAGGGACUGGCUGAGGUCCAUGUCCAAUGAGUUCCAUUGCCACAACCGUCCCAAAAUGAGGGCUAGGAGUAACAUAGUCGGCCUACAGUCACAGGGAAAGUCGACACGUGGCGUUGUCAUCAAGAAUCGCCCGCCGGUCAUUAAGCCGGCGCUAAAGAAGCCGCUCAAGCAGAGGGGCGCCUCCCUGCCGCUCGAUCGCAAGGAGAACUUGGCUCAGCCAGGCUCGUCCAAGUCGGGCAGCCGCCUGAAUAAGUGCUUCAAGGUGAAAUCCCGUAAAGACCUGACGUUAAAGAGCAAGAACACUGCCGCCGAGAAAAUCACAAAAUCCACCAUAACCAGAAAUAAGAAGGUGAGCAACAUAGUCACCACCCAGAAAGUGAGGUUAGAUAUAACCUCCAAACUGCAAACGAUAAGGGAGGGCACCGAUAAACCUAAAACCGACACCGACAGCAUCCACCUGCGUGAGAUCUGUUUCAUAAAGAACAACGAGGGCAAGACGGUCAUCGCCAAGUACCAGAAUAAGGACAACGCUACAUUCGACGAUAACCUGGUGGUCUCCUGGAGCGCCGUUAAUAGUAAACCGCAGAUCUUCACGCAGAAAACUAGGAUUGCCUCUGCACCUCCUUAUCCUUGCGGUAAAGUGUUCAUGUCGGAGCCGGGGACUAGCAAACAGUCCAAUUUCCGCGUCCACAACUUUACCAAGAGCUCGUCGAAGACCAAGCUUAAGAAGCAUCCGUUGAGGAGGCUGGCGAGCGCCACCGACGCUCUGGGCAAGAUCGAUAAAUCGAAAAAGAAAAAGUUGAAGGCUAAGUAGUCCUUUGUUUAUUGAGGGAUGGGGUGGCUGAAUCACAAAUUUCUAUGUAGGUCAUGAAUGUUGUAUGUGUACGAUGUCAAAAUUGAUUCCUUUAUACCUGAAAUAGUGGGGUUUAUCUGUACUUUCUUCGUCAUCGGAAACAAAGUGCAACUUCUUUAAAUUUUACAUGAGAAAAGGUUAUAUUUUUUCGAUAUUUAAAGAAAUUUUUAUUAUUCGUGAAAACUUUAUA